CCUGGAUUCCAGUUUGGAGCCACAACCAUGAGGUUGCUUGUGAGUACCUUCCUCAAUUUCAAUCUCAAGGGUGAAGUACAGAUGUCCAUCUCUUGGGCUUUGCUCUCACUAGGGAGAAAGUUGUCACCAGGUGCUCAGAGAUCAGGCCAAACUAGCUGAAGACUCAGUUGCUCACAGGUGUGUGAUGGAAGCAGAUGUAGUCCGUAGGAGUUCUAGGAUUUUUCAAGGAGGUGGAACCCUAAGACUUGUGGGCUUCAGCUGCCCCUAUUCACCAGCUGGGUUUUUAAAAUGUCUUUUGGUACCCGUGAAGGUCAUCACUUCUUUUGUUGUUGUUGUUUAGUCGUUUAGUCAUGUCCAACUCUUCGUGACCCCAUGGACCAGAUCACGCCAGGCACUCCUGUCUUCCACUGCCUCCUGCAGUUUGGUCAAACUCAUGCUGGUAGCUUCGAGAACACUGUCCAGUCAUCUCGUCCUCUGUCGUCCCCUUCUCCUUGUGCCCUCCAUCUUUCCCAACAUCAGGGUCUUUUCCAGGGAGUCUUCUCUUCUCAUGAGGUGGCCAAAGUAUUGGAGCCUCAGCUUCAGGAUCUGUCCUUCCAGUGAGCACUCAGGGCUGAUUUCCUUAAGAAUGGAGAGGUUUGAUCUUCUUGCAGUCCAUGGGACUCUCAAGAGUCUCCUCCAGCACCAUAAUUCAAAACCAGCACCAUAAUUCAAAACAUCACUUCUUGGGUCUCCUCAAAUAACCGAAUCCCUGAUCAUUUCCACUACAAGGCAACUGCAAAAGUGCAUUUUGUCCAGGAAAUGCUGAAUGUUUGGCCCAAGGCAGCCUUCAUUUUUAGGAAUCCCUGCAGACCCAGACGCUUCAAGUGUCCAAUUCGCCAGGGACAGUCCCAGAUUUACAGAAGCUGUCCUGGUUUCUGAUUUAACCCUGGAAUGUCCCGCUUUUCCUUAGGACGUUCCUAUUUUCGUUGGAGGAUACGCAGGCUUGAAAAACAUUACGCUAUGGAACCAGAUUUUGGUUGCUGGUCUCGUUCUGGAUAUUUUUUUUAAAAUCCCAAAGACAUUCUGGAUUUGAUCUGAAUCAGCUGGUCUUUACAUUGUUUCAUGAAAUGAGAGGAGUAAUGGAGAUACAGAACACCCCUUGCCAUUGCAAAAUAGAUUCAUUUGCAAACAUUAGUAGCAGUAGUAAUAAGGUUUUAGUUUUUAAAAUAUUUUUAUUAGUUUUAAGAAUAGCAAAAUACAUAUUCAACCAGCAUAACUUGUAUAAGCAAUAGGUAAUGCAAGAAUGCCCCUUUUACAGUACCAAGAAAUAGAUGUAAUUUUGAUUUUUUAUUAUUUUUUAUUAUUAAUGUUAUUAUUUUUCACUGUAGGCAUUCUGGUGAUAUUAAUAAACUGGUAUUAUGCCAUUUAUCAUCAGGAGUACAAGGUUCAAGUAAAAAGACAGUGCAAGACAGUCCUAUCCACAAACAGGAUGGCAACCUCUUAUAUUUUUGUGAUAGCCAAACAUUCCUAUUUACUUCUGGAAUCACGUGGAAUUAUUAUCAUUAGCAUAUUGUAUAAAAUCUCACCACACUGCACAAAAAUCCUUGAAUUAAUUUUAAAUGAAAUGCUUUUUUAAAAUGAAAUUGCAAUGUUCAACACAUAUUAUUAUUAUUAUUAUUAUUAAUAUACCAUCCUUCAUCCAAAGAUCACAGGGUGGUUUACAACAUAAACAUCAGGGUUCUAUUCAAGCUGGUGUUUCACAGACAAAGGAAAUGUGUACUUGGCAAUUUAAAAUUUGACCCUCUUAUUUUCCUUCCGCUCUGCAGAUUCUUCUUGCCAGCCUCCUGGGGCUGCUUAUUCACUCAGCGAUUGCCAGCAACGUAAGUAGCCAACUUUGCUCCCAUUUCUGCCUUCCUGCCCCGAAACCUCUCCUGCUGCUAACCUCUGCAUGCACAAGUGGCUUGUUUUAAUCUGUUUUUAGUCAACUGUUAUUUUAAAUGCUUGAAUGUCUUAAAUUCUUGCUCCCAAUUUAUCUUAGGGAUAAUUUUAUUGCUUUAUCAUUUUCGGUAAACCUCUCUUGAGGUUUUAUGUGUGUUUGCGCAUUUUUACGAUCAAGCGGUGUUACACAUUUUAUGAAAUAAAUAGAUAGAUAGAUAGAUAGAUAGAAUGCCACAACAAACUUAAGUAAAAAAAAGGGAGAAAUGGGACUCAGCCUUUUUUCCAAUUUUUUUUAUUAAUUUUCCAAAUUUAUAACAAACAUAAACAGACAAACAAACAAACAAACAAACAUGAAUCUUAACUGUAAUAUUUCCACUUUUGUUAACAUUGUUGGAUGACUUCCUCGAAUCCCCCUGGCUGAGUUUCUAUGUAUAUCAUUGUAACAGUUUUCCAAAACUGUUUUCACAUAAAAUUUACUUAGUCAAUUAACAUCUUUCUUUCUUUUCAUUUUAUCUUUAAACAUAUUAUUCUGUAACAUCACAUAUUUAAAUCCUAGGCCAAUCUGGUAUUUGCAAGUAUUUCUAUUUAGAUUAUCUUAGCAUAUUUAACUAAAUAGUCUUUAAAUUUCUUCCAUUCCUCCUGGUGCUCCUCCUCCUCCCGGUCACGGGCUCUUCCGGUUAGGUCAACUAGCUCCCAAAAGUCCAUCAUCUUCAUCUGCCAUUCCUCCACUGUUGGCACUUCUUGUAUUUUCCAGUUUUUAGCCAGCAAAAUUCUAGCAGCAGUUGUGGCAUACAAAAACCAUCUAGCAUCUUUCUUGGGCAAUUCCAAACCUAUUAUUCCAAGAAGAAAGGCCUCUGGUUUCUUAAUAAAUGUAUAUUUCAACAUUUUUUUCAGUUCAUUAUAAAUCUUCUCCCAGAAGUCUUUCACCUUGGGACAGGUCCACCACAUAUGAUAAAAAGUACCUUCUUUUUCUUUACAUUUCCAACAUAUAUCACUCUUAUGGUAAAUCUUUGCUAAUUUUACAGGGGUAAAGUACCAUUUAUACAUCAUUUCCAUGACAUUUUCCUUUAACACCGUACAUGCAGUGAACUUGAUCCCUGUCCUCCACAACCUUUCCCAGUCUUCAGGAAUGGGACUCAGUCUUGUCCAGAAGCCAUGUGACUCCAUUUGCAAGACUUGCCUGAGACAGAUCAGUUGGUCAAAACCUGUUAUAUGAGUUAAGUCCCUGGGAUGAGGUCGGAUCUCAGAUCAGCGGUGAAUUCACCAGCUGGCAAUAAAUGAGCCACUUACUUCCAGGAAUCUGUAAGGAUGCCUGAAAUGAUGUCAAAGAUCAGGUGACCAGGGCUCUUCUGUUAUGACUCCCUGACCGAAGAAUAUUCUCCCCCAGGGAUGUUCUGGACUACAUCUCUGAUUCACUGCAGCAUCCUACAGUCCUGCUGGCCCGGGUGGUGGGAAUUGUCGUCCAAAAUAUCUGGGUGACAGGGUGUUAUGUACUGAGUUGAAUAGGAUCCAAAAUGCAGCAAUCUGAUUGGUCCUAGAACAAUAGGAUUCAGAAUGCAGUCUGAGUAUAUUUCACACGGGGAGGCACCACUCUAGGAAAGGCUGUCCAAAGUUCAGUCCCUGGCCAUCUCCAGUCAGGCAGAUAAUAAUAAUAAUAAUAAUAAUAAUAAUAAUAAUUUAUUAUUUAUACCCCGCCCAUCUGGCCAUAGCUGUCAAGCGUCCCUUAUUUGGCGGGACAGUCCCUUAUCCCAGUGCCAUGUCCCGCUGCUGUCGCUUAUUGAUGAUGUCCCUUAAAUAAGCUACUGAAGGUAAUGGGGCCCUUUCUAUGUCCAGCUAGCAUAUAUUUGUGUUGAAUAUAUGCUAUAUGGUAAUUUAUGGACCUAAUAGGUAUCUAAAGCCAUUUGCACGCAACAAAAUAUGUAUUUUAUCAAAGUAAUUGUUGAUCCCUUAUUUUCGAGGCUGCUGGUCCCUUAUUUUCGAGGCUGCUGGUCCCUUAUUUUCAAAUCUGUAAGUUGACAGCUAUGCAUCUGGCUGGCCAGUCCCUCCUGGCUGGACCAAGUGAUCUUGUUUUCUGGUCUCCCCAAAGUGCCUGGUAGGAGUCUGAUGGUGGAUCUCUGUCUCUAGGCUAUCCAGCUCAUAAACAAGGGAAACGAUGGAGGAACCGUGUACCAAACAGUCAACAUCAACCACAACACCAACGUCGCUGCCUUCAACAUUUACUCUGGAAGGCAUUCCACCAACGCCAUUGUGGACUACAACAGCGUAAGUUUCAAAGCAAGCCGUUCAGCCACAAAGCUGUUCACUCUGUGUCGGAUACUCCCUUUGUCUUGGGGUGGGAUCUCCCCGCAGCAGCUAGGCAAACCUGUUAAACUCUCCUGAAAGGGGUGCAUUUUGCUGCCUCAGAUGAAGGAAAAGAUGGUUCCCCCAUUGGGGAGGGGUGCAGUCAGAAGCCGUGUUAUACACCUCGCAUAAACCGGUGUCUACCACUUAUUUUAUUAUUAUCUUAUUUUAUUUCAUUGCGUUCAUAUCCCACCUUUUUCUCCAAGGAAUCGAAGGUUCUCUCUCUCAUUUAAUCCCCGCAACAACCCUGUGAGGUAGGUUAGGCUGAGAGGCAAUCACUGGCCCAAGGUUACCCAGGGAGCUUCAUGGCCAAGUGGGAAUUCGAACCCUGGACUCUUGCAGGUCCUGGGCCAACACUCUAACCCUGACCUAGCCACUGUGAUCCAUGCGAAGGUCACCUCCAGGCUUGAUUAUUGUAACUCGCUCUAUGUGGGGCUGCCCUUGAGACUGACCCAGAAACUCCAGCGGGUGCAGAAUGCCGCGGUGAGACUCCUUACAGGAUCACAUUCACCUAGUGCUUUACCAGCUACACUGGCUCCCGGUGGAGUACAGGAUCAGGUUUAACUGGUUUUAACCGUUAAAGCCCUAUACGACCUAGGACCCUCAUACCUACGGGACCGCCUCUCCUGGUAUGCCCCACGGAGGACCUUACGGUCUUCAAACAAAAACAUCUUGGAGUUCCUGAGCCACAGGGAGGUUAGGCUGGCCUCAACCAGAGCCAGGGCUUUUUUGGCUGUGGCCCCAAUCUGGUGGAAUGCUCUGUCACAAGAGACUAGGGCCCUGCGGGACUUGACAUCUUUCUGCAGGGCCUGCAAGACAGAGCUGUUCCACCAGGCCUUUGGCCAAGGCACAGUCUGACCUUUGGUAAUCCUCACAGAACUCUAGCCCAAUGGUUGCCAUUGAUUUGAUUCUGAAUUGAUUUUAGAAUGAAUUGGUUUUAGAACGUAUUUCAAUUAAUAGAUUGUGAUUUUAUGUAAACUGUGUUACUUUUACUGUUGUUAGCUGCUCUGAGUCCAGCUUCGGCUGGGGAGGGCGGGAUAUAAAUAAAUUAUUGUUAUUGUUAUUGUUAUUGUUAUUGUUAUUGUUAUUGUUAUUGUUAUUGUUAUGAUGCCACACUGGUGCUUGUGGGGCUGGCACUGGCUCUCUCUUAUGAGGUUGUGGUUUUUCAGUACUGUACUGAGUCCUCAUUUUAUUCUUUGAUUUUGAACUUUCCUGGGGCCAUCUCUAGCAUAACAUAUAUUUGCCGUUGUGUCUCCCAGGGGGUUGUCAUCUAUCACAUGCCUUUCAGGAGGCUAUGUGUCAUGUCCAGGAUGAAUCGGCAAAGCUUUCCAAGUAUCUCAAAUCUCGAGAGCAUGAUGCACGAGGUAUGUCAAGGUGGAGAUACAAAACUGGGGCUGGCCCCCAAAUAUAUGGGGUGCACCAAACGGUGCACCGCCCCCUCUAAUGAAGGAAUCUGCGGGACAGAAAUCAGUGGGAGGAAUAAUAGAAUCACAGAUCACCAAGCCCCACACCUUGUAAUGCAGGAAGCAGAGCAAAAGUAUCGGACAGGCGGCCAGCCAAUCUCUGCUUAAAAACCUGCAGUGAAAGAAAAAACAUUUAUAAAAACUUAUGUAAACUUUUAUUUACCAAUUUAUUGAUUUAAAAAAGAGCACAUACUUCAAUAACAUACAAGAAGAAAGAGAAUGAGAGAGAGGAGGAAAAUACAACUGAAUUAAAAAUAAGCAUACACACACUGUGGCAGAUUUGGGAGGUUCCAUUCACAAUCCCAUAAUAGUACUAUUAUUGGGGGUGGGGGUAGGAACAUUGUCUUCCCUCAAUUUUAAUUAUUUUAUUUCAUUGCAUAUAACAAUACGACUGUUCGAGAGGUACCAAUUUUUUAAUCCCAGCUUUCCCCUUUGAGUGCCCAGAGAGGCUACUGGCAAACAGAAAGGUAGAAACUGUACCAUCUCUUAACCAUUCUCAGGCUUUCUAGCAUUAAAACUACUGGUCUGGAAGCAAAGCACCGCAGCUAAGCGCUGUGGAAUAACACACACAAACAGACUCUCUCAUUCGUGUGUGUGUGUGUGUGUGUGUGUGUGUGUGCUCACUUACCUGCCCCCGAUACUUUUUUAUUUUAUUUUUUUUAUUUUCAAUGCAAAAUUACAACAAAAAUUACAAACAUUGAAUCCAAAAUAAAGCAGUACAAACAAGAAAAAAAAACACAAGAGAAAUAAGAACACAAAAAACCACACAUCUACAAAUAAAUCCAUAUCAUCAUUCUAAUCUAAUCAUUACAUACAUAUACACAUAUUGACUUCCUUUGUUCUAAGACCUCAAAAUUUUUACUCUUUCUAAGUUGUUGUACUUCAUUCAAGUUGGCACCCCUGGACCUAGGCAUGAAUGGAUCUGUCCUUUUGUUUGUUUUUGUUCCCAGGGGCAUCCCUUAAACACCCUUCACAGAAGCUAUGGGAUUUCUCGCAAGGUGGUCACAAACAUCGCUGACUAUGGUGCCCCCGCCCAAGCCAUUUGUGGAGGCAUGACUACUUACUGGGCUACCGAGUUCCAAAGUGAGUUGGGCCAGAAUUUCAGAACGUUUUUAAGGGACGACCACACGUUUUAACGGCUUUUGUAGUGAUGCGUUGAGGAGAUCUUCACGUUACAUUGGUAACUCCAUUGGUCUCACCCUCUUUUAAAGCCUCCUAGGUUGGUGGGUAGGUUGAAGGGACGUGGGUGGCGCUGUGGGUUAAACCACAGAGCCUAGGACUUGCCGAUCAGAAGGUCGGAGGUUUGAAUCCCCACGAUGGGGUGAGCUCCUGUUGCUCGGUCCCAGCUCCUGCCAACCUAGCAGUUCAAAAGCACUUCAAAGUGCAAGUAGAUAAAUAGGUACUGCUCCAGCGGGAAGGUAAACGGCAUUUCCAUGCGCUGCUCUGGUUCGCCAGAAGCGGCUUAGUCAUGCUGGCCACAUGACCCGGAAGCUGUAUGCCGGCUCCCUCAGCCAAUAAAGCGAGAAGAGUGCCGCAACCCCAGAGUCGGUCAUGACUGGACCUAAUCGUCAGGGGCCCAUUUACCAUUUACAUUUUUAGGUUGGUGGGAGGGAGUUCCACGGUUUAACUAUGUCAUUCAGCCUGGGCAGCGACAGUCACCUAGUCCGGAAGGGGGGGAGAGGGAACUGAGUGUGAAGGAGGGAAGGGCAGAAGCCCUAAAUGAGCUAAUGACAAGCCUGCCAUUUUCCACACAUAAAUGAUAAUAAUAAUAAUACAGUGGACGCUCGGGUUGCGAACGUGAUCCAUGCAUUCGCAACCCAUGUCUCCAUGCACGGGCUGCGAUUCAGCGCUUCUGCGCAUGCGCAACUGCCGAAACCCGGAAGUAACCCGUUCCGGUACUUCCGGGUUUCGGCAGUCUGCAACCCAAAUAAACGCAACCUGAAGUGGACGCAACAUGAGGUAUGACUGUAAUAAUAAUAAUAAUAAAUUUUAUUUAUAUCCUGCCCUCCCCGGCCAAACUGGUCUCAGGGCGGCUAACAUCAAAGUAUAAAGGUAAAGGUAAAGGUACCCCUGCCCGUACGGGCCAGUCUUGACAGACUCUAGGGUUGUGCGCUCAUCUCACUCUAGAGGCCGGGAGCCAGCGCUGUGUGCAGACACUUCCGGGUCACGUGGCCAGCGUGACGAAGCUGCUCCGGCAAACCGGCACCAGAGCAGCACAUGGAAACGCCGUGUGUAUAUCAAAGUAUAUAAUACAUUAAAAAUAUAAAAUCCAGCAAUUGCCUGAAAUACAGCUUAAAAUCAGUUUAAAACACAGCACGCAAUGGGGCUAAAUUGGCAAAGGAAACAUCCAUCCCAUUGCACUGACGGCAGGCAGCAUGUUGUGAAGGAGCCCCCUUCAUAAAAACCUAGGGCAGGCUUCCUCAACCUCGGCCCUCCAGAUGUUUUUGGCCUACAACUCCCAUGAUCCCUAGCUAGCAGGACCAGUGGUCAGGGAUGAUGGGAAUUGUAGUCACAAAACGUCUGGAGGGCCAAGGUUGAGGAAGCCUGACCCAGGGAGUGCUGGUUUUCUCUGUCCCAUCAGAACAGCAUUACAGGGAUGAUGGAGAAGGGGGCUACCAGUAGCUACUAACCACAGUGAUUACGCUCUGCCUCCAUGGUUGGUGGUGGCAAUGGUUCUGAAUCCCACUUGCUGGAAAAAGAGGCACAUUUAGGGCAGUGCGACCGGUUCCCUUGCACUGGGCGCUGAACCUAGGGGGUGCCACAGGGCGCUGCAACUAUGACGUAGUGAAUUGAGCAGAACAGAAGGCGAGGUGUGUGGGGUGUGUGUGAAUUUUUGCCUCACACAGGGCACUGCUGAAAUCUAAAAGACCAAAGUCUGCCUCUGCAGGAAACCCCAGGAGAGUAGAGUUGCUCCUGCAUUUGGUUUUGGUUUUUUAAAAAAUAAAUUACAGUGGUACCUCGGGUUACAGACACUUCAGGUUACAGACACUUCAGGUAACAGACUCUGCUAACCCAGAAAUAGUAACUUGGGUUAAGAACUUUGCUUCAGAAUGAGAACAGAAAUUGCGCAGUGGCAGCGGGAGGCCACAUUAGCUAAAAUGGUGCUUCAGGUUAAGAACAGUUUCAGGUUAAGAACGAACCUCCAGAACGAAUUAAGUACGUAACCAGAGGUACCACUGUAUAGGUAGAAAAAGAUGACUUCCCUGGAUGCCAAGAUACAGAUUUGUGACAAGUACUCUUUGGUGACAGAAAUCCAGCAGAGAGUUAAAAUCGCAAAGUAAAGUGUCGAAAUAUAGUCUGUUAGACCUUUAAAAUACCCUCUUCUAAGUUGCUUCCAAAGUUCCCCAUUUCCCUAGCACAGAAAGAGACCACACAUUUGGUAAGUUAAGAAAGGUUUACUUACAGACUCUUCAAACGUCAGGUUCAUGUGCUUUUUCAUAUAGCAGUUAGAAAAACACAGGCAGUAAAUUUAGGUUCCAAUGUGGUGAAUGUUCCUAAAUUAUUUGUAUAGAAACCCAAAGAUGGCUUGCUUAAGCCACAGAGUCUGAGCUUGGAACAACCAGUUCAGAACUCCUUACCAGUAGGGUUCACAUGGUGGAAGAAAUGGUGGGAAAGUGGAAGAACAAAGAGCUUGAUAAGCCUCCCACCCCCAAGGUGAGGGGGAAUGACCUCCUAGCUAAGCCUGGCAGGCCAGCUUACUCUAUGACAUUAACCCAUUCAUGCAUUGAUUAGACUUGAGCAUGAUGGUUAUGUCACACAGGUCACGUUUGCGAGUUUCCCAUUGAUGUACUAUAUCUGGCUGGCCACUGUGAGAACAGGAUGCAGACUGAUCCAGCAGGCUCUCUCUGUGUAAAUGGCCUCAGUCCUGUAUUCUUGAAAGAGCAUCUCCACCCCCAUCAUUCAGCCCGGACACUGAGAUCCAGCGCCAAGGGCCUUGUGGCGGUUCCCUCACUGCAAAAAGCCAAGUUACAGGGAACCAGGCAGAGGGCCUUCUCGGUAGUGGCACCCGCCCUUCAGAUGUGAAGGAAAUAAGCAGCUAUCUUAUCUUUAAAAGACAUCUGAAGGCAGCCCUGUUUAGGGAAGUUUUUAAUAUUUAAAACUGUAUUGUUUUUAACACUCAAUUGAGAGCCGCCCAGAGUGGCUGGGGAAACUCAGCCAGAUGGGCGGGGUAUAAAUAAAUUAUUAUUAUUAUUAUUAUUAUUAUUAUUAUUAUUAUUAUUAUGCAUGUUUGGAAGUACAGAUUAUUUCAUUUCUGAGAGAGUGUUUCGAGACUCCUGCUUGGCUCUCCAUAAAAAGUUAAUAAAAAGCAACAAUGGAAAACUUCCUUUUCCUUUUCAGGGCCCCGCCCCUUGGUUGAAGGCAAGGGCUGCGCAGGCGUCAAUCUGCUCAUUCUGGACAUCGACUUGUGUGGCGGCAUCUCCCUCUUCUAGCCAGGAUCAGCACCAACAUCUGCUCCGGGCCAACACAACUUGUGACCUGCCCACCAAGACAAUGGCCAUCAUGUCGCCUUGCCAGCUGUCAGGGCCAAUUCCCAAGAUUGGGUUGGGAAGGACACGGGAGGUCAAGGCCUGAUGACCUCCCAACAAUUGCUCUCUAAUUUCAUUUGAGGACUGGUUCCUGCAGGGGCCGUCAAAAAUAAAAUAAAAUUUAUAACUUAAAUAAAGUAAUUUAAAAAUCC